AUUAUUAAAAAGUAUUUGUGGGUAGUGUAAAAGUGUACAACUGCUAGACUGCUAAAUAUGCCACAUAUGCCACAUAUGUUUAGCCUGCCAGACGGGUAUCCAGAUUAUAUCCGACUCAUUCUAAGUACACGUGUCUACAACAUCAUUCAACAAACCCCUCUUACCUCUGCCCCCAAUAUCAGUAGACAGUCCGGGUGUCAUAUCAUGCUUAAGCGUGAGGAACAGCUGCCUACGUUCAGCUUUAAACUUCGAGGCGCGUACAACAAGAUGGCAUAUCUACGCCCUAAGGAUAGUUGGAAAGGCGUUAUUACCUGUAGCACUGGGAAUCAUGCCUACGGUGUUGCUUUCUCAUCCCGCUGCCUAAAGAUACCUGCGAUCAUAGUCAUGCCUCUCAAGACGCCCGAAAUUAUUAAAAAACCAAUAUCACAGAUGGGAGCUAAGAUUGUGCUAUACGGUGCCGACUACGAAGAAGCAGAAGAAGAAGCUCGCCGUCUAGCAGAACUGCAUAAUAUCAUAUUCAUAUCUGCCUUCGACGACCCAUAUGUAAUUGCCGGACAUGGGACGAUAGGUAUGGAGAUUUCAAGGCAGACAGAUUUAAAGAAGUUGAAAGCUAUCUUCUGCGCUGUAGGAGGCGGUGGAAUGAUCGCGGGGAUAGGACUAUACAUCAAGCGUUUGGCACCAAAUGUUCAGAUAAUUGGUGUUGAAUCGGUGGAUGCGAAUGCAAUGGCACAGUCAUUACGGGCGAGAAAGCGAGUAAUACUUGAGCAGGUUGACACCUUUUCCGGUAGUGCUGCUGUUAAGAUUGUUGGAGAAGAAACCUUCAGAAUAUGCUUAGACGUGGUAGAUUCGAUUGAAGAAGUAACGGUUGAUGAGACAUGCGCGGCUAUAAAAGAUAUAUACGACGACACGCGGGUACUUGCGGAACCUGCUGGUGCCCUACCACUUGCGGGACUUCAAAAAUGGGCAGCCCGAAAUCCAAGUCUUCACGAAGACAGUAGUCUGAUCGCUAUCCCAGCAAAGAACAUUAACUAG